AUGGCUUCCUGUCUCUGCUUGUUUUCUCUUUACCUAUUGAGCAAGCAUCAUGCCAGGCCACUUGAUUUGAUUGUGAUUCACUGUCAUUCCGUGGUAGGCAUUAUCCCAUAUCUCUUGACUGACUUCAUGGAGAGUGAUGAAGGCGUCAUUGAACCUAGUGAAGAAUCCAGUAUUACGACGCAACCUGUCGACGACGUGGGAAAUUCGACACAGGACCCUGGAGAUGGAAGCAAUGAUCACGUUGAUGCGACCGCCAACAGCAAUAUCUGGGAAAGUGAAGAUCAAGAUGGGGAGAUUUCGGUGAAGAAGGCAUCGUCGUAUACCUCAAUACCUCCAUGGCAUGACUAUCGCCAAACACGACGCACCGCGCGCUGGCCGUGUACCCGAUAUUACCUUAGGUAUGGUAACACCUCUUCGAACACCAGAAGCAUGCUGUGGGAGCCGCUAUGCGGUCGCUUGCUGGUCCCCUCAAGGGCAUGA